AUGGUUGGCUGGAGCCGUUUGCUGCUGCCAGCUGCGCAAUUUGCCAAGAAUCGUGCAGUGCUGUUAACGCCUGCCUGCAGGAAUGCUCUAGCGCAGCAACUGCGUCGAAUGGGCGGUGAUCAUGGACACCAUCACAUGACCAUAAAGCCAUCGCGCUUCCAAUGGGACAAGUUCAAGGAUCUGAUGCACUUUUACGUAAUGAUUGGCGUCAUACCUAUCACAGCACUGGUCUUCUACUCCAAUAUCUUCGUGGGACCUGCGCAGCUCUCUGAAAUUCCCGAGGGUUACGAGCCCAAGCAUUGGGAAUACGAGAAGAACCCAAUUUCCAGGUUUAUUGCGCGGUACAUUUUGACCUCACAGCAACAGGAAUACGAGAAGGCGUGUCACAACCUUUUCGAGGAGAAUGAGAAGGCGCAAAUUCGCCAACUCGAGGAUGAAGUUCGUCGCAAAAUGUCUGAGCGCAACGAUUAUCAAGCCUAUUACUACCGCCCAACAGUUGCUAAAUAUCACAGAGUAUCCAAAGAGGCUGCCGAUGAACUGGAGGCUCUGCGUGGCGACUAAUCAAAUGGCCCAAAAUAAACUCUUGAUUUCAAUUUAUUUGUUUUCAAAUAGACUUAAUUAAGAACCUCGAAUUGAGGAAAUAAAAAUGUGAAAUU